AUGGUUCAAAUCUGGCAAAUGGAAGCUUACCCAUGUGGCGACCCACGUCUUCCACAUCACCUUUUUCCUCCAAAAAUGAUUAACCCUGAUGAAUUGGCUAAGAGAACUGGUACUCUUUAUUGGAAGCUGGAUGUCAGUGAUCAGAUAGGAUUAUCAAAGCGGUUAACUCUGUUGAAGAAGGAGAGAUCAUUCAAGAGAGAAGAUGUGUUCACAUUGGAUGCUGAGACAACUGCCAAUUUCCAAGACAAGAUUGAAGAACUGUUCGAAGAAUCAUGUAUCGCUGAAGAUCAAGCUCGUAUGAUUAUUGAUGGAUGUGCCUAUUAUGAUGUUGAAGAUAAGGAUGGUAAUUGGGUUCGCAUUUUAUGCGAAAAUGGCGAUCUCAUCCUCAUUCCAGCUCACACAAACUUCCGAUUCACAACAACACCAAAGAACUUUGUAAAAAUGCGUCGCUUCUUCAAGGACACAGAAAACAACACUGACUGA